CGUUGGUUUUCGAGAAUAUCCACGUUGAACUUUGCUAGAUUUUUUAGCAUUCCUCGGAAUUUUCCAGUCUUUAAUUUGAUUUUGGCGAUCUUGGGUUGCAGCUAUUUUCCCACUUAUGUUUGUUCUUUGGUCUUUUGUUGUCUUUUAAGAAUUACCUGCACUGUGUUUGCUAGAUUUUUUUAUUUUUUAUUUUUCUUUUGACUUUUGAUUUUUUACUUUGUAGUUUUGGGUCGUUUUAUUUGAUUUUGGAAAUUUUGUUUUCUCCUCAGCUUAUUUGAAUUUUUCAUGUUUUUCUUUUGUGGAGUUUUGUGGCAUCCUUGCUGGCGGGUCUUGAUUUGAUUCCCCUUUUCUCUCUCUGAUUGGCGAUAGAUUUGCAGUAUUAGAAGUCUUCUGGUAAUUUAGGUUCUUUUAAAGCUGUUUUAGUCUUGGGACUUGAAGAUACGAUUUUGGGUUCUUCUCUCCCUCUCUCUCCUUUUAUUUUUUAUUUUUAUUUCUUUCUUGCUUUCUUUUUAAGGGUAUUACUGAUAUAAUUUACUUAAAUUGACUGGUAUUAUCUUGAGUGAAGAAGAAAAAAAGAAUCAACUUUUCCGAGUCGCUUUUCUGGUUGUGUUGAAUUUCUUGUUUUAGGAUCUUUUAGCUUGAUAAUCCUUGUAAUAAUUUCAUCCUAAACCUCAAUUUCGAAAUUGGGUUUUUGGGUUUAUGAAGAAUCCAGUUUCAUUCUAAUUCUGAUUUCUAUUUUAAACAACUCAGAUUUUGUUUUUGAACAAACAAUCUCUUUAUUUAAGGAGAGGUUUAAAUAUCAGAGGUGUCCUGCUUUUGUUGGAAGAAAGAUUUAAAUCGAUGUUGAGACAAGAAAGCCGAAGACUAUCCGUUGACUACGAAGUCGGUGAUGUUCUUGGAAGAGGGGGAUUCUCAGUUGUAAGAAGGGGACUGAGCAAACCAGAUGGAAGCAAGACCGAAGUCGCCCUCAAAACUCUCAAGAGGUUUGGAUGCAUGCCACCAGGAAUGCCGCGGAGUCGUGGUGGAGAGAAGGGUUUCCCUGCUUUGGGAUUGCCAACAUGGAAACAGGUCUCAAUAUCAGAUGCAUUGCUGACAAACGAAAUCCUUGUCAUGAGGAAGAUUGUUGAAGAUGUUUCUCCACACCCAAAUGUAAUACAUUUGUACGACGUUUAUGAGGAUACAAAUGGCGUCCACCUUGUACUAGAGCUCUGCUCAGGCGGUGAGCUUUUUGAUAGGAUAGUUUCUCAGGAGAAGUAUUCAGAGGUUGAAGCAGCGGUAGUGGUCCGGCAGAUUGCAAGUGGGUUAGGUGCCCUUCAUCAGGCGAACAUUGUUCACUGUGAUUUGAAACCUAAGAACUGCCUUUUCUUGAGCAACAGUGAGGGUUCGCCAUUGAAGAUUAUGGACUUUGGUUUGAGUUCUGUAGAGGAUUUCACCGAUCCUAUUGUUAGGUUGUUUGGUUUGAUCAAUUAUGUAUCGCCAGAAGCUCUGGGUCAAUGUAGAGUAUCUUCUGCCAGUGAUAUGUGGUCUCUGGGGGUGAUCUUGUAUAUCCUCCUUUCAGGGUAUCCACCUUUUCAUGCAACAUCGAAUCGGGAGAAGCAAAAAAUGAUAUUAGCAGGUGACUUCAGCUUUGAUGAACAUACUUGGAAGACCAUCUUUUCAUCCGUGAAGCAAUUGAUUUCCAGUCUCCUGACCGUCGAUCCUCACAGAAGACCCACUGCACAAGAGGUAUAUAGCAUGACCAUUAGUCCAUUCUUGAUCAAUCAAUGGGGAUGAUUUUCUUGAGAUGCACUGCACAAAUUCCGCGCUGCAGCAAUAGCGAGCGUGUUGAGUAGCACAGAUUUCUUGAGAUCGAAGAAGUUGAGGACUCUGUUAGGGUCCCAUGAUCUUACUCAUGAGGAGCUCGAGAAGCUGAGAAAACAUUUCAAGAGAAUAUGUGCAUAUGGAGACAAUGCCACUCUUUCUGAAUUUGAACAAGUGCUAAAAGCAAUGAACAUGAGCUCGCUUCUCCCCCUUGCUCCACGUGUUUUUGAUCUAUUUGACAACAACCGUGAUGGGACUGUGGACAUGAGAAAGAUCCUAUGUGGCUUCUCAAGCCUCAGAAAUUCGCAUGGAGAUGAUGCUCUCCAGCUCUGCUUCCAGAUGUAUGAUACAGACAGGACAGGAUGCAUCACGAAGGAAGAAGUAGCAUCAAUGCUUAGAGCCUUGCCAGAAGACUGCCUUCCAGCAGACAUAACAGAACCUGGGAAGCUUGAUGAGAUUUUUGGUCGGAUGGAUGCCAAUAGUGAUGGAAAGGUCACGUUCGAUGAGUUCAAAGCUGCCAUGCAGAGAGACAGUUCCCUCAAAGAUGUAGUCCUCUCCUCUUUGCGGCCAAUCUAAUUCAUCCGUUUCAAAGAUUUUGAUCAACAAUAUGCUUCUUGUUCUUUUGAUUAUUGUUAUUCACGAUUAUUAGAUAUGCAAAAGAUUAUACAAAAAUGAGAAGGCUUAGUCCUUGGCCAGUUUCAUAAUCUCUGGUCUGGAAUUGUGGGAAGUGAAAACAACAGCUACUCACAUUUCUCUACACGCAUGCCAGUGUGGCAUGCAUUUGUCUGGUGGGCUCCACCACGAAUGUUUCGUGACCCAGGAGUAGCAGGUCCAGUCACCAGGGGCA